AUGUCCGCUAAAUCGAUCCUUGAGGCCGACGGCAAGGCCAUCCUCAACUACCACCUCACUCGUGCUCCUCUCGUCAAGCCAUCACCUCUCAAGUCAACAGGUCAACACAAUGCCCCGUCAAAACUUGCAUCCAUCUACUUCCCAGAAGACGAGCAAAGAAGAGGAAAGAGUGGCCUGCUUGCACUGAACAAGACCUGGCCUGAGGCUCGCGCAUGGAUCGAGACAAAGGCACGAAAGGAACAGCAGGUCGAGCAUGUCGUGGGCACACUAUCACAGUUCUUGGUUGAGCCAUUCGUGCCUCACCCUCAAGAUACUGAAUACUACAUCAACAUCAACUCCGUCAGAGAUGGCGACUGGAUCCUCUUCACCCACGAGGGUGGUGUUGAUGUCGGCGACGUCGACGCAAAGGCCGAGAAGGUCCUGAUCCCAGUCGACCUCAAGAACUUCCCCUCGCACCAAGAGCUGGCCAAGGCCCUGCUCAAGAACGUCCCCAAGGGCGUCCACAACGUCCUCCUCGACUUCAUCAUCCGCCUGUACUCCGUCUACGUCGACUCACAGUUUACCUACCUCGAAAUUAACCCUCUAGUCGUCAUUCCCAACGCCGAUGCCACAUCCGCCGAAGUCCACUUCCUCGAUCUCGCAGCCAAGCUCGACCAGACUGCGGACUUUGAAUGCGGUGUCAAAUGGGCCAUCGCCCGCAGCCCGGCCGCUCUCGGCCUCCCAGGCGUUAAGACCGACGGCAAAGUCUCCAUCGAUGUUGGCCCGCCCAUCGAGUUCCCUGCCCCCUUCGGCCGCGAAAUGAGCAAGGAAGAGAAAUACAUCUCUGAUAUGGACGCCAAGACCGGUGCUUCCCUGAAACUUACCGUUCUCAACGCCUCCGGCCGCAUCUGGACCCUCGUCGCCGGUGGCGGCGCCUCCGUCGUGUACGCCGAUGCCAUCGCAUCAGCCGGAUUCGUCAGCGAACUCGCCAACUACGGCGAGUACUCCGGUGCACCCACCGAGACUCAGACCUACAACUACGCCCGCACCGUGCUCGAUCUCAUGCUGCGCGCUCCCAUGCACAAGGAAGGCAAAGUGCUGUUUAUCGGCGGCGGCAUUGCCAAUUUCACGAAUGUCGCGUCGACGUUCAAGGGUGUGAUUCGUGCGCUGCGCGAAGUGGCACCCGUGCUGAACGAGCAUGGUACCCAGAUCUGGGUCCGUCGUGCAGGGCCGAACUACCAGGAGGGUCUCAAGAACAUCAAGGCGGUUGGUGAGGAGUUGAAGCUGAAUAUGCACGUGUUUGGGCCGGAGAUGCACGUCAGUGGUAUUGUGCCGCUGGCGUUGAAUGGCAAGACAACUACCGUGCCGGAGUUUGGGACUAUGUAA